GUGAGUGAGAGGUGCGUCAAUCAGUCAGUCAGCUUGCGGGGAGGCGUGAAAUGGGCAGUUUCCUGUUUCUAUCCAGGCUGAGAGGCGGCGGCAGCAGAGCACUAAUCCCCGUUAGCUGCAGCAGAGUGCUUUCCAAGAUGACAUCUGAGGCUUACUUCCUGACACCAGAAGAAAGAACACAGGGUCUCCAAGAGCUCCAGGCACUGGGAUGGACUGAAGUCGGUACAAAAGAUGCCAUCUACAAAGAAUACAAAUUCAAAUCCUUUAACCAGGCAUUUGGAUUUAUGACGCGUGUGGCCCUGCAAGCUGAGAAAAUGAAUCACCACCCAGAAUGGUUUAACGUGUACAACAAGGUUCAGAUAACUCUGACUACACAUGACUGUGGAAGGCUGACCAAGAAAGACCUGAAACUUGCCCAGUUUAUUGAAAAAGCUGCCACAUCAUAGGCAAUGAGUAAAGCACAGGUGAUUUUGAAGCCUUUUAGUUUUGUGCACAGUAUAUACCUGUGUAAUGGGGACACUGACAGAUGGACGUACAGGAUUACGGACACCAGGACGAAUGGCACAAGUUGUUCUCAUGUUUUGAUGUUUUGAUUUGCUCCCAUAUGAAUAAAUGUAAAUCAAACCCUGCACUUAAUGCCUAAAUUGUUUGUUUGAUAGCAAUUCCGCAAUCCAGGGAACAAAGUAAUACACAAUUUUGACAAUUAAUAUUAAUAAACAAAUUCAGAUAUGUUCAUCCUCCCUUA